AGUAGAUAAAUAAAUGAAAAACUGUUUUUGUUAUAAUAUUGCCGAGCGACGAAGCUUCGAUUUAUUCCGGGUUUGUUUGCUGUUUAUGAUGCGUCGUUCUGCAUCUGCAUCCAAAAAAAGGGGUCAAACCAAUUCAACCAACCCGAUUCCUUAUUCUCCCUCCGAUCUCUUUCGCUCCGCUUCAAGUAAGGCAUCUUCAAAGGAGAUGGAGCGGAUUGACAACCAGUUUUAUUUUUAUGCCAAUAGGUCGUCUGGUAUGAUUGACCCAGAAGGGAUUGAAACUCUAUGUUCCGACAUGGAAGUUGAUCACACAGAUGUUAGGAUCUUGAUGCUUGCUUGGAAAAUGAAAGCCGAAAGACAAGGAUACUUUACCCUGGAGGAAUGGCGAAGAGGAUUAAAAGCACUCAGGGCUGAUACUGUAAGUAAAUUAAAGAAGGCCCUGCCAGAGCUAGAAAAAGAGGUCAGGAGACCAUCAAACUUCGAGGAUUUCUAUUCCUAUUCAUUCUGCUAUUGCCUGACAGAGGAGAAACAAAAGAGUAUUGAUAUAGAAAGCAUAUGUCAACUGCUGGAUCUUGUUUUAGGAUCCCUAUUCCGUGCACAGGUUGACUAUUUUAUUGAGUAUUUGAAGAUUCAGAGCGAUUAUAAGGUCAUAAACUUGGAUCAAUGGAUGGGCUUUUUUCGAUUCUGCAAUGAGAUAAAUUUCCCGGACCUCUGUAAUUAUAAUCCAGACCUUGCUUGGCCUUUGAUCCUGGACAACUUUGUAGAAUGGAUGCAGGCGAAGCAGAGCUAAACUCUAAUUAGCUUUGCUCAACUUGAUUCUAUGAACUCCAUUUGGAAUGUUGAGUUGCAGAACCAUGUUUCAUUAGCUGGUCUUUUAUAUCUUUUUACAUCAAAAACAUGAAGGUCUUCCACAGGGCAUACCUUCCAAAAUUAUUUUCAUGUCACAAAUAUGCAGAAGACAAUCUCAAUAUAUUGAAUUGUAUUUCUGUCUUGAUAUUCAAAACUAUUGGAUUAUGAUGUUAUAUUAUGAACAAAAUUAUUUAUCAGAUUAAAAAGAUGUUACGUUUGUCUGAUUUUUAUUC